AUGUGCCUUUCUGUCGUGGCCUUUUUCACACUGACUGACCGCCCGGACACUGCACGCUGGAUGACCGAAGAUGAGAUACGGAUGAUAGUUGGCAGGAUAAAAUCCGAGCGUCUCAACCAGACCGAACUGCUCGACAAGAUCGAUACCCUGAAGCUUCGACGCGGCUUCUCCAACCCAAUCACGCUUGCGAUCUCGUUCAUCUUCCUGCUUGACAGCAUAACUGUCAUAGCCAUUUCGUUCUUCUUGCCGACGAUCGUUCGUACCAUUUACCCAGCUCGCACCGUCGUCCAACAGCAGCUCUUAACAGUGCCGCCGUACGUUCUGGGUGUGGUCUGCACUAUUCUGAUCACGACAACGCUCAUUGCAUUCACGGGCCCUUUUGUAAUUGCCGGGUAUGCGAUGUUCCUUGCGACGAUGAACGCAAGUGUUCGAUAUGCGGCUAUCUUCCUUUGCGCAUCGACAUGCUUCUCGUUGGCUGCCAUGACGAACGCACAAGUCAGCGCAAACGUGCUUUCCGACUCUGCACGCAGCAUCGCCAUUGGAACCAACGUCUUCUUUGGAUACGUUGGCGCCCUGAUCGCCAGUUGGACUUAUCUACCUGGCGACUCUCCCCGUUAUGCCAUUGGAAAUGGGAUCAACUUGGGUUGCGCAGUGACAUGGACCGUCGUGGCGAUUUUCACUAAGCUCUGGAUGACCCGCGACAACAGGAAGAGGGACAGGAGGCAGUUAGAAGCUCAUACAGAGCUCGCAUCAUUAUCAGAUGACGAGAUCGCGAACCUUGAGUGGAAGCACCCUGCAUGGCGAUGGAAGCCGUGA